AUGGCGCCGAAGCGGAAUGUCCGCGCUCGCCUUACGGAUCGUCGGGUGCCGGUGACCGUGCUGACCGGUUUCCUCGGCUCGGGGAAGACGACGCUGCUCAACCACAUCCUCAAGUCGCCUGACCAUGGUAUGAAGUUUGCCAUCAUUGAGAACGAGUUUGGUGAAGUCGGGGUCGACGAGAAGGUUCUCUUGGAGUCUACAGAAGAGGAGAUGAUCGAAGUGAUGAACGGCUGCAUUUGCUGCACCGUUCGAGGAGAUUUGGUCACGACCCUCAAGAAGUUGUACAAGAAGGUAGACAAGUUUGACGGUGUCAUCAUUGAGACCACCGGGUUGGCGGACCCAGCGCCGGUGGCACAAACCUUCUUUGUGGACGAUGCGAUCCAAAAGAUGUACAAGCUCGAUGGCAUCUGCACCGUGGUGGAUGCCAAGCACAUCCUCCAGCACCUGGACGAGGAGAAGCCCGAGGGCGUGGAGAAUGAGUCGGUGGAGCAGCUGGCCUUCGCGGACCGCGUUCUGCUGAAUAAGAUCGACCUUGUGAAGAGCGAGGAGUUGGAUGGCAUCGAGGCCAGGAUAAAGGCCAUCAACUCCGAAGCGCCCAUCUUCCGCUGCCAAAACAGUGCCAUUGAUCCAAAGAACCUCCUGAACCUCGACGCCUUUAGCCUGGACCGCGUGCUCAAGAUGGACCCAGAGUUCCUGGACACCGAGGGCGAGCACCAGCAUGACCAGACGGUCUCUUCCUGCAGCUGCAAGUUCGAAGGCGAGCUGAAUGUGAACAAGCUACAAGACUGGAUCAGCGAUAUUAUCCAGAACAAGGGCGCAGAUCUCUUCCGCUACAAAGGAGUGCUGGCCGUGAAGGGCAAGGCGCGAAAGUUCGUCUUCCAGGGAGUGCACAUGCUGUUCUCUGGGGGCUUCAGCGACAACAAGUGGCAAGCGGAUGAAGUGCGCGAGUGCCGCUUCGUCUUCAUCGGUCGGAACCUGGACAAGGAGGAGCUUUUGAGUCAAGUGCAGGCGUGCAAAGUGGGAGAGCUUCGCUUCAAGGUGGGUGAUGCAGUAGAAGCAAAGGUGGAUGGAGGCCGGUGGCAGCGUGGCAAGAUCUUGCGCCAGUGGGACGAAGGCAAUCCCUACCGCAUCGAGCUUGAUGAUGAGGAGAAGACCAAUGUUUGGGGUCCUGUUGAUGAAGACAACUUUGUGAGGGCUCCCACGGCAUGA